CAAGAAAAGAGAUGUUUCUAUUUCUCUUGCUAGUCUGUUCUUUUUCAGCAGUUCAGCUUCAAGGACAGAAUGAUCCUAAAGAUGUUGAACAUUUAAAGCAACUUGACUCACCAGAAACAGAAGCAGGAACUGUUUUAACCCACCAGCAAGUCUGUUCAAAUGACAUCCAUGCUGUUCUAAGAGAGGUGAGUGCUUCAGUUGCAGGACUGAAGGUGGGCCUGGAGUACUUACAAAAAGAAAAUGAAGCCCAAGCAACAAAGACGAGAGAACUGGAGCAAUUGUACCAAGCACAAUCAGCGAAGGUUAAAGAACUGGAACGGCAAAAGUCAGAGCUCCUGCAACAAUACCAAGCACAAGAGGCCAGACUGAAGGAGUUGGAAUCGCAAAAGAUUGAGUUGGAUAAGCUAAAGCUGGAGAACCAAGCACAGGGAGAUGAACUGCAGCAAAUUAAAAUCAGAACAAACUCAACACAAAAGCAGGUGGAGGUUCUGAAGAGAGAAGGAGAAGUGAGACAAGUGGCAUUCUCAGCCUCCUUACUGGCCUCAGGUGGAAGUGACAUUGGACCUUUCAAUGCAUUCACAUCACGACUUUGAUCUUCAAAAAUGUUGUUUCAAAUAUUGGGAAUGCCUACAACCCAAAUACAGGGUUUUUUACUGCUCCAGUGAGAGGUGUCUACCACUUUAAUUACCACAUCUAUGGACAUGGACAUUCUUCACAUGGUUC